UCCCUUUUUUUUGCCACCUUAUCUUUUCAGUCACUAACCACAUCCCACCCGGCUGUUCAGCUAGAAGUUAAUGUUUGACGGAUGUGGUUGCCUGUCGGCUAGAGGGAACUCUCGUCACUCAGAAGCUGGCGGGGCAAGUAACAGGGAGUGCCUGGAGAAAACCCGAAGGGCUUAGCCUUCCUUCCAUCAGGGAGAAUUGGGUGCAUCCUGAAGCGUGUGAGGAGGAAUUAGGUACAGAAAAGAAACAAUACUUAGAAGAAAGAAGCAUUUCCUUCGUGGUUCUUCUUCUUUUUAAAGGGAAUAAUGGUUUGUCUCAUCUCAUUUCCUGGAUUGACUAAUCCACUAAUGUGACUGGUGUGAGGUGCUGAUUCAGAAAAAAAGUAGUGUUGCCUGUUUGGGUGUAGCUCUGCUCAUGGAGACAGGAAACAGCCAGCAGGAUUGUUCGGAUAUAAUUGAUGAAACCCACAUUAAGGAAUUCGAAGUGGCCCAAUGGAUCAAGAUCACCCUAGCCCUUAUCUACGCCGUCAUCUUUGUGGCAGGCAUUGUGGGCAACAGUGUCACCAUCCAGACGACCAAACUGCUGCAGAAGAAGGGCUACUUGCAGAAGGAGGUCACAGACCACAUGGUGAGCCUUGCAUGCUCAGACCUGCUGGUCCUCUUGCUGGGGAUGCCUGUGGAGUUCUUCAGUAUGAUCUGGACCCCUUUCUCCACCCCUCAAGGCAACCUCGCCUGCAAGCUCUACUGCUUCCUUUUUGAGGCCUGCAGCUAUGCUACGGUGCUGCAUGUGGCCACUCUCAGCUUUGAAAGGUACAUUGCCAUCUGCCACCCUUUCAAGUUUAAAGCUGCUUCUGGGCCCUGCAAAGUGAAGAUCCUCAUUGCCUUUGUCUGGAUUACAUCUGUCCUUGUGGCCUUACCUCUUCUCUUUGCAAUGGGCACAGAGUACCCAUUGGAAGCCAUCAAGGGCCACCGAGGAUUGGUUCCCUGCAGCAAACCCAAACCCCGGCACCAGAUACCUGACUUGAUGAUAAAUGUCACCAUAUGCACCAGCUUGUCGUCUCGAUGGAAGGCCUUCCAGUCUGGUAUCUUCACUGCUUUUAUUGUGUAUGUUGUGGUGUUGGUAUCUGUGGCUUUUAUGUGCCGGAAUAUGAUGAAAGCCCUGAUGAUCCACAAACAAGGGACCUUAGCCGUGAGAGGGGAGAGAGAAAGCCAAAACCAGUACCUAAGGAAAAACGAGAAUUCCGAUGGCAGGAGUUCCAGGAAACAGACUAUCCUCUUCCUAGGAUUGAUCGUUGCCUCUCUGGCAAUAUGCUGGCUGCCAAAUCAAGUUCGAAGGAUCAUGGCUGCUGCUAGACCUAAGCAGGACUGGACAGUCCCCUACUUUAGAGCAUACAUCACCCUGCUACCUAUAGCAAAUACGUUCUUCUACCUCAGCUCCGUCGUGAACCCGCUCCUGUACAAUAUCUCCUCCCAGCAGUUCCGGAAUGUGUUUGUUCAGGUCCUCCGCUGUCGCCUGACACUGGAACACGCCAACAAACAGAAGCUUUUAAGAGCCAAUUUGAAUUCUGCAGCCGAUAGUCGCCGCUCGCGGCGCCCAUUGAUCUUCGCGUCAUCCGCCGUGCGCAAGUCUUCCACCAAGAGCGCUAACAAGGUUUUCUUAAGUACUUUUCAGAGCGAAACCAAGCCUGGCUGCAGUUUGCAGAAAUUGAGUCUUGAAUCACUGGAGCUGAAUGUGAAAACGAUGCCACUGGAGACUUGCACAGAUCCUAGCCCUGCUAACCAAAAUGGACUUUGUGAACACGAACUGUGAAUCCACAUUUAAAAAAACAAAGCCAGAUGAUACAGUAUGCUAAAAAUUGGAUUUUUAAAAAAUAAAUAAAUAAGCACCACAAAGGGUUUUUGCAAUCUAUUUGGUUGCACCCUCCAAGUUUAAGUGCUUUGUUUCGAUAGACUACGUCCCAGUAACAUAAAUGAAUAUGGGUUCUACAUGGGUGACGGCUUUUUUUUUAAGUGCAUACCAGAAAGACAGGACAACUAGACGUAUUCUGCUGCUAACGAAGUUGCUGAGGAUUUUUCAAAUCAAACUCUUCUUUUAGCAGUUGGAAGCAAACAGCAACAUUACAAUGGAAACCAGCUGUGCCUGGACAACAAGACACCAAUAACAAAAAAAAUUAUUCCAUUAGAGUUCAGCAGUGUACUGAUGUUAAAAAUGCCAAGCUAGAGAGCAGUAUGGUUGUUAAUAUACCAGCCCUGGCAUGGUGCCAGAGUUUCCCCUCUUCUUUGGCCUGGGCCCAUUGCAGAGUGGAGUAUUGCAGCAGCUUAUACAAACAGAGUUUAUCUUCCCUGGAGUACAGAAAGUCUGGUAUCCGGCAGAGGUCAUGAGGCAAGCUGCAGAGGAUGCGCAGGACUUGCGAUACAGGAUCCCUAUGGACACAGAACAAAAGUUUAUUUAGCCUCAUAUGAACAAACAUGCUUUCUACUGUAUGUUAGCUCUUUUU